CUAACAACAUGGGAGCAAAGGCAUUGCUACAUAUCAAGAGGCCAAACAUAUUUUGGACUUCUUGUGCAACUCAUACCAUCAAUUUGAUGCUGCAAGGUAUUGGUAAUAUUCCAAAAUUCAAGAAGACAAUUGAUCUAGCAAAAUCAUUCACUAUCUUUGUCUAUGGCCACCACCGAACCUUGGCAUGUUUGAGGUCCUUCACCUUGAAGAGAGAAAUCAUAAGGCCAGGAGUAACCAGAUUUGCUACAGCCUAUCUUACACUGCAAAGUAUGAUGGAAAAGAAGGAUUGUCUAAGGAAGAUGGUGGUUGAUCCCAAGUGGUAUGAUUUACCUGAUGUAAAGACCAAGAAGGGCAAGGAUGCUACAGCCACGGUGUUGAACAUUCGUUUUUGGAAAACGUGUCCCUUUGUUUGAAGGUCUUUGAGCCCUUGGUGAAAGUUCUACGUUUGGUUGAUGGGGAUGUGAAGCCAUCUGUGGGUUAUGUGUAUGGAGAACUUCUCAAGGCAAAGUGGGAGAUCAAGGAGGCAUUUGGAAAUAUGGAAAGGAACUACAAAGAAGUGAUGGCUAUUGUUGACAAGAAGAUGAAAAAUAGGCUUGAUUCUCCAUUGCAUGUGGCUGCAUAUAUGCUAAAUCCAUACUAUAGUUACAACAAUCCAGCAAUCUUCUCUGAUUCAAUUGUAGUGGAAAAAUUCAUGCAAUGUGUGGAGACCUUUUAUUAUGGUGAGGAUGGUAAGGAAUAUAGGACUGUUAAUGAGGACUUGGAAAAAUUCCAAAAGAGACAUGGAUCCUUCUCAAAGAAGAUGGCAAGGAGCUGUGAACGCUUUGAGUUCAAUCCGGCAUCUUGGUGGAGGCUUUAUGGAGGAGGAGCACCAGAUCUGCAAAGAAUGGCUAUUAGAAUCCUCUCACUGACAUCUAGCUCUUCUGGAUGUGAAAGGAAUUGGAGCACCUUUGAACAGCAUCAUACAAAGAGAAGGAAACAGAGCGCUUCAACUCUAGUAUACAUCCAAUUCAAUAAUAAAUUGAUGUCCAAGAAGGAGAAGAUUACCAGAAAGAGUAACUAUGAAGUGCUGCUAAGUAGUGAUGCUUCUGAAGCUCAAGGAUUUUUCUUUGAGGGAGGAGAUGAUCAUGCAUUGGUUGUCUUUAGGGAUGAGGAAGAUGAGGGAGAAAUGCCGGGGACAGGGAUACCAUGGAGUGUCCUUGGAGAAGCAAUGGGAACUAAUGAACAGCUUGAACCUAGGAGAAGUGCAAGAGUGGCUAGAGAGGUGGAUGAAGAAGAGUGGGAAUCUGAAUCUGAAGAUCCUGGUUAUGAGGAAGAUGAUGUUGCCUAUGAUGAUGAUCAGGACGAAGAAGCAAUUCUAAAUAUAUAUUAAUAUCUAGUUAUCUACUUAUCUUUAAUUUGUGUGUGGACCAUAAGACCAUUAUUGUGUGCUGUACUAUUUAAUUUCUGGACCAUUAAGGCACAUGAUAAACUGCUAGUGUUGUUUGUAUAUUUUAUUGUGAUCCUUUGCCUUGUGCUGC